GCUGGCUCCUCCCACUAUCCCAUGGUCACCCAGCUCCCGGUACAGUCAGUGUCAGUCCGGGGAAAGUAAAAGGGCAAAGUUGGAGGACGAGCCGGGUCGGGGUUUUCGGGUUGACGUAUGCGGUUGAUUUUGGACGAUCUUGUUUGAAGAGACACUUCAGAUUUAUAAUAUUUAUUUGCCGGUUAAAAUAAUCAGUGGAAUAUGUCGGUGGUGGGUCUGAGAGCGAGUUAUCACCGAGUAUUGGACAAGAUCGGAUUGAUGCUGCCUCCCAGGAUGAAGCCGUUUUAUGAACACCCGGCAGGUCCUCGCACCGUGUUUUUCUGGGCACCAAUUAUGAAAUGGAGUUUAGUCAUUGCAGGAUUAGCUGACAUGGCCAGGCCUGCAAACAAACUUAGUCCAUCUCAGUCAGGAGUGCUUUGUGCUACAGGCUUGAUUUGGUCCAGAUACUCCCUUGUGAUUAUUCCGAAGAAUUGGAGUUUGUUUGCUGUAAAUUUCUUUUUGGGCUGUGCAGGUUGUAUACAGCUAAUUCGAAUUGCAAAGUACAACUACGAGUUAAAGUCCAAGGACGAACAUCCUGAAUAAACGCCAACAGCAACCUACAAGAUUCAAAGAUAUUAUCUUGUCUUUAUUUUUAAAGUGCCUUGAAAAUGAUUCAAGGUGACUGAUAAUAUAAUAACUGGCCUCAAUGGUUUUAUGGUAGAGAUUCUGUUGCAUAUAAUGUUUGUAAAUAUGUUCUUCAUCUCCCAAUAAAUUUUACUGUGCCAUGUA